CUUCUCGCAGAAGAUUGGCCGUUCGGGGUGCAGAUCUGCAAACUGGUGCCGUUCAUACAGAAGGCCUCCGUUGGCAUCACUGUCCUCAGCCUUUGUGCUCUCAGCAUAGACCGAUACCGAGCAGUGGCUUCCUGGAGCCGGAUUCAGGGCAUUGGAAUCCCAUUGUGGAAGGCGGUGGAAGUGACUUUCAUUUGGGCUGUAGCCAUCAUCCUGGCUAUCCCGGAAGCCAUUGCUUUCGACUUGGUGAAACUGGAUUACCGGGAACAGAUUCAUUGGGUUUGCUUGCUGGCCCCCGAGCAAAAGUCCAGCUUUAUGUCG